AGAAGAAAAGGAAACCAACCAGAGCGGGCAAAAGUGUUAUCGUUUCGAAAGAAAAAAACGAGGUGGCUGAAUCCCGUCUUUAGAAGGAAUAGGAGGACGCGGAGAAGGAGAAGUAGCAGCGCCGAGCCAAAACCCUCAAAAUUUCAAAAUAACACAGAGAAAACAAACCGAUGCUACCAAUAAAACAAGCAAGCAAAUCAAAGAGGGCGUUGCUCUCUUCACAGUUUCUCUUCAACAACGCAACUACAAUCUUUUCUAUAACUGAGACUUCCUCUUAUCUUCCUAUUCCUCCUUUUCCCACUUCUUGUUUUGCUCCUUUGAGUCGCUACUGUUACUAUCCAACAGCCCAACCAAUUUCAAUUCAACCAACUACCUUCGAUUAUUCAACAUUUGGAUUGAACGCCAAAGACGUUGCUCAAUCCUUUAAAAAAUGGUUCAAGCAUCCCAACAGUGGUUUAUUGGAUCUAAUUUUCGAUAUUUUGAGCCGCCAAGAUGAGGUCGAUGAAAUUGCUCUUUCUCAACUGGGUCUUCGAGUCACUGAGUCAUUAGUUUUGGAGGUUCUUAACUAUGGGUUUCUAAAAGGUGAUAUCUUUUCUUCCCUUAAAUUCUUCGAUUGGGCUGGUCACCAAUGUGGGUUUUAUCACACGCGCGCCACUUAUCAAGCCGUUUUCAAGAUCCUUUCAAAAUCUAAGCAUAUGCGUGUAAUGCUUGAUUAUCUUGAUAGUUAUAUGAGGGCUAGGCUUUCUAGCAAUGAUCUGUUUGGAUUUCAUAGCACUUUAGUGAUGGGAUACUCUUUGGCUGGAAAGCCAUAUUUUGCACUCCAAAUGUUUGGUAGAAUGCGCUUUCAGGGUCUUGACUUGGACGCCUGUACUUAUCAUGUGCUUCUUAGUUCUUUAGUAGAGGAGAAUUAUUUUGAAGCUGUUGAUAGUAUUGUUUCCCAGAUUUCUCUUAGGGGUUUCGAAAGCCAUGUAACGCAUUUUAUAGUAGUUAAAAGUCUUUGUAAGCAGAAAAUGUUGAACGAGGCUGAGUCAUAUUUGCGCCAGGUGAUCUUAAAUGGCAAUAGCUAUUGCCUUGGAGAUGCAGUGCAGGUUCUUGUUGAUGCACUUUGUCAAAAAGGUAACUUUGAUAAGGGAUGGCAGUUGAUUGAGGAGUUCAGGGAGUUGGAUUCCGUGCCUAUGGAGCCUGCUUAUGGUACGUGGCUUAAGAAUCUUGUUCGAGUUGGCAAGCUUGAUGAGGCUGUGAAAUUCAUGCAACUCAAGAAGGCAUCAGAAAGUUAUGUUCCAGAUGUUUUCCGGUAUAAUGUCUUGUUGUGGAGGCUAUUGAAAGAGAACCGUCUUGCAGAAUCAUGUGAUUUGUUGUUGGAGAUGAUGGAGAGUGGUAUUUCUCCUAAUAGGGGCACCAUGAAUGCUGCAUUGUGUUUCUGUUGCAAGGCUGGAAUGGUGGAUGUGGCGCUUGACUUGUAUAAUUGCAAAGCCGAGUUUGGGCUCUCACCUAGUUCAGUGGCUUGUAAUUAUCUCAUUGUUUAUCUAUGUAAGGAGGGGUCUAUCGAUGAGGCAUACCAGGUUUUCAGGAAUUCUACUCAGCAAGGCUAUUUCCCUGGUGACAGAACGCUUUCUAUACUUGUUGAUGCUUUGUUUAGAGAAGGAAAACUCGAUGCGAUGAAAGAGCUGACUUUUGUUGCUCUAGAGUGGAAUUUUUGGCUGAGUGAUUCCAUGUAUAAUAAGUUUAUUUCAGCUCUAUGCAGGGCGAGGAUGUUAGAAGAUGGUUACUUGAUACACAGGGUAUUUAGCAGAAUGAAUAGAGUUGCCACAAAGAGCACUUACUCAAACUUGAUUCAUGGUUUUAAUAAAUUACAUAAGUUGGAUAUUGUUGCUGGGCUUCUUAUAGAAAUGCAAGAUAAGGGUCAUAUGGCUACUCGACCUUUGUUAAGAUCAGUUAUUCAUGGUCUAUGUGGUAUGGAAAACCCAGAAGUUCAAUUCCGCCACUUAUUUGAUCUUCUAAUAUCUCAUGGUCAACCUAACUAUCAGAUAUGUAACCUUUUCAUCGAUGGAGCUGGCCAUGCACAGAAGCCUGAACUAGCCAGAGAAGUAUUUGAGUGGAUGCAGAUAAACGGGAUUGAGCCUAAUCUGAGUACUAAGGUUCUAAUGUUGCAGAGUUAUUUAAAGAGUGAGAGAAUAUCUGAUGCUCUAAACUUCUUUGAUGCUAUGGGAAAGAGAGGAGAGAUUAACAAAAAGCUAUUCAAUUCCAUGGUUGUUGGUCUUUGCAAAGUCAACAACGUGAAUAAUGCUUUGUCUUUUCUGUGGGACAUGCGGAGUAGUGGAGUAGUUCCCAGUGUACAAUGUUAUGAGGUUCUUAUACAGCUGCUAUGCAAACAAAGACAAUAUGAUAUUGCGAUAAGUCUUCUUUAUGACUUAUUGAAAACCGGGCGCCAUGUUACAUCGUUCAUUGGUAACAUUCUUUUGUUGCAUUCAUUCAGAAAUGAAAAGCUGUAUGGUGCUUGGAUUCGAGCAAGAGAGAUGCAAUAUGAGACUUAUUCCUAUCUUUCGGUCCUUGGCCAUUUGAUUGGUGCGUUUUCUGGCCACGUUAGAUUGAAUGAACAAAUUGACAACUUGGAAGAAGUGAUUGAACAGUGUUUCCCACUUGAUGUCUACACUUACAAUAUGCUUUUGAGAAGGCUAACCAUGAUUAAGAUGGAAGAUGCUUGUAAGUUAUUUUAUAGAAUAUGCCAGAAAGGUUAUGAGCCUAACCGGUGGACAUAUGAUAUCUUAGUACAUGGCCUUUUUAAGCAUGGCAAGACAGAUGAGGCUAGGAGAUUGGUGGAUGAGAUGUUCAGGAGAGGGUUUGAUCUAACUGAUGAUGAAAUUGUUGUCAUGAAGAUCUAAGGUAGCUCAAAAUCGUUGUCUUCAACAUCUAGGGUAUGCUCAUUAGCUGAAUGCAGUCCUCCUGUAGUAGCGCAUACAACAUAGAAUUGAGUAUCAUAGGAUUGAGGAUUGAGGAGCCUAUCACACGGUCAAUCAGAACCUGUUAAAUGAAGGUAACAGGUUAGAAAAUGUUUACAUUCUUGGAUUUUGUAAGUUUUCUUUUGCCUGAACUAUCAACUGCUGUAUACCUGCGUCUAAUUUUAGUGAAACAUUUUUGAAAAACAUUUUUGAAAACGUGACAUUUUAGACAAUUUACCAUAACAUUUAGUUAAAAUGCAUGCUGAAAGCGUUUGAAAAUAUUUGUGCAUCAUAUUCUGAUGUCAAUUACGUUCCUGUUAUAUAUUUUUUUAUUUUAGUUGAAUGUUGUCGGGCAGUGUGCCGAUUUCUUCACAUCUUAGCUAUUGCACCUCCUGCAGACUCCAAGAUGCCAGAGCUGCUAUUAGAUAGCUAUAUGUUUCUGGAGGUAAAUCUAACCAAAUGUCUUAUUUCCAUCAGCUGCCAAAUUUUAUAUUUUAAUGAUAAUGGAUUUUAGAAUUUGUGGUUGGAUGUCUUCACCCAGUAGGCAGAUUGCUUUCUAAAUUUUACCUGAAGUCCUGUAUUCAUAUACAAACAGGUCAUGUGAACUGAACUGAAAGUUGAAACUGACCCCUUAUUUUUCUUUUAAUUUGCUCUCAAAGAAAUUUAUAUUCAUCUAAAGAUAAAGAAAUAACCCGAUAGAUGUAGUAAAUUUGAUGUCAUCAGAGCUUUGUCUUUCCUCAAUUUUUGGACCUUGUUGUCCUUGGUAGUCAUCUUUACCUGGGUAGCCCUUUUAUACAUCUUUAUAUGCAGUUCUGAUGUUUUUUCUUCUAAUACAUGCAGGGAACUGAUCUCCCUGCUCCCACCAACCCUAUCAUUUGAGUUUGAUCCAUGUAUUACGAAUGGACAGUGAUUUAGUGCAGGCAGGAGUAUUAAUAUGAUCAAUUCUUGCAGAGAAGUCUUAUAUUAACUUUGGGAUUGGUAUGUGCAAAUUGAAUAAUAAGAAAUCAACAGGUGCAUCAAGUUGAACAUCUUUUGUAUCGGAGGGUUAAUCAAUCAGCUAAUAUAUUUAGCUUCAUUAUCAUUUAGAUAAUGUUAAGCUAGCAACAUUUUCUUCGUUUGUUUUUUGCUACUUAUAAAUCCUUUUUUAUUUAAAGGGCUUAUGCAAUCUUGAGCUGCAAUUUAUUCACUCACA